UACACACAUGCAUAAUUUAUUUCUACGUAUCAAAACCCAGCUGAGCGUGUUAACCUCCCAAAAUUCCUCCAAUACCUCACCCCUUAAAAAACCUCCCACCUCAGCUGGCGGUGGUGGAACCCCCAACAUUGUCCAAACACCUGCUUCGGCAACAGCAACACCACGUCAUCGCACCAACUCAGCACCGGAUAUGGAAUUACAACGUUCGCGUUCACUGAAAUCGAUACGUGUUCGAAAAAUCUCAAAGGGUUCGUUGAAAUCCUUAAGACGUGGCACGGUGUGUGUCACCGUUAGUACACAUGCAUCGUCGGUAUUCUAUGAUACCGAUACAGAGGGCGAUUAUAUAAAACAUCCUGUCCUAUACGAAUUAAGCUACAAAUAUGGUUUCACAGACAAUUUACCCGAAAGCGGCCUGCCCAGCCGCUUGGAGGAGAUCAAAGAAGCAAUACGACGAGAAAUACGAAAAGAGUUAAAAAUCAAAGAGGGCGCUGAAAAACUGCGCGAAGUUGCCAAAGAUCGUCGUUCGUUGAACGAUGUUGCUGCCAUUGUCAAGAAGAGCAAUAAUAAAAUUGCCGAACUGAAAUCGGAACUGCAAGAAUUGGAAUCACAGAUUCUAUUGACGCAGGGCAAUGAUCGAGAUAUCCUCUCACCCACCACACCCAAUGCCAGUCUGGGCGGCAAUUCAAUUGAUGGCAAAAGCGGUGAAGGCAACGGUCUCAUCUCCGGUGGCCAUGAACAGCUUAGCGCCAACGAUAAACUACUCCUUUCGCUGGAGAAACAACUCAACAUUGAAAUGAAAGUGAAAAAUGGCGCUGAAAAUAUGAUCCAAUCAUUGCAGAGUGGCCACUAUGGGCGUGAUAAAAAACUCCUCGGCGAGGCACAACAAAUGCUAACAGAUUCUAAGGCAAAAAUUGAAUUCUUACGUUUGCGUAUACUGAAAGUAAAGCAAAACAAAGAGCAUGCCUAUAAAUUGUCCCAACAAGUGGCGGCAAUGGAUUCCGCCGAUAAUGGUGGCAGUUGUGGUCCGGGCAGUGUGGGUGGCAUGCUGCCACAACGUUUGGAAACCUCACUGGAGGAGAGAAUUGAAGAAUUGCGGCAUCGUUUACGCAUCGAAGCCGCCGUUGUCGAGGGAGCGAAAAAUGUGAUACGCAUUUUACGAAAUAGUAAAGUGCCAGAUAAAAAGGCUUUGCAAGAGGCCCAUGCUCGUCUAUCGGAAUCAUCCCGCAAACUUGAUCUCUUGUGUCAUUCAUUAGACUUGCGACGUCUAGAAUUACCAGCCGAAUCGUUGGCCGCUCAACAGCUUAAAAGUGAACUGCAAUCGGUGCAGCAAGCCUCAUCGCCGGUACCCUUCAACUACACCUCACUACAGCCCUUCCAUGCUGGUCUCUUGGGUGGCAAACCGUAUCAACAGGUUUCCACAUUGGGUCGUUGUGCCAGUGUAACGGGUAAACUUGAGGUCCGACUGAUGGGUUGCCAAGGCCUGCUCGAAGAUGUACCCGGUCGUUCGCGACGUGAUAAAGACAACAACUCUAGUCCGGGUGAUUUGCGUAGUUUCGUUAAGGGUGUCACCUCGCGUAGCAGUUCGAAGAGUUAUUCCGUCAAAGACGAAACAUCAUCGGAAAUAAUGGCCGUGAUAAAAUUGGACAACAUGACGGUGGCUCAGACCUCAUGGAAACCUUGUUCGCAACAAGCCUGGGAUCAACGAUUCUCCAUUGAUCUAGAUCGUUCUCGUGAGCUGGAGAUCGGUGUGUACUGGCGUGAUUGGCGUUCAUUGUGUGCUGUUAAAUUCUUGCGCCUGGAAGAGUUUAUCGAUGAUGUACGACACGGCAUGGCGUUGCAGUUGGAACCACAGGGUCUACUGUUCGCUGAAAUUAAAUUCUUGAACCCGAUGAUUUCACAGAAACCCAAACUGCGACGCCAGCAAAUGAUUUUCAAUAAACAGCAGGUCAAGAAUAUACCGCGUGCCAAACAAAUGAACAUCAAUGUGGCCACCUGGGGACGUUUACUGAAACGUAAUGCCCCCUCGAACACCAUAUUAGCUGGUGGUAAAAUGCCAACUACCACUAGGGAUAGUGAAUCGCCCAUUUCACGUACCCCCUCCUCGGGUACCAUUGAUCAGGAGCCCGAACCCUAUUCACCUGGUAUUUUGGCUCAAAAUAUGCAAUAUGAUGCCGAAGCGGGUAGCACCGAACACAUUGAAACACCCGGUGAAUGUCCAGAUCCCUCCGUUUCGGGUCUGAGUGGUAAACGUCCGCUGUCGAUGCAGGGUAUUGCCGCUUUGCCACCCGAGGUGACAUCACCCCAGCAAAAGAAUACAGCUGCUGCCAAUAAUAAUUUGCAUCUGACCAUACCGGGUAAAAUGAUGCAACCCAAUCCGAUACCCAAACCACCAACAAGUGCUGGUUCGAAACAGACCACACCCACAGAUGUGGUACCACCACCGGUACCAGCCACCUCACCACCUAAAUUGGAUCAAGAGGUUAUACCACAAUUUAGCAAUGUUUCGAUUAGCAACAACAACAAUAUACAACAACAACAACAUUCUUCAGAACCAUCACCAAUUAUACAGGAGCCACAAACGCCCAUUGUUUAUGGUGGACAUUUAUCGGCCAGUGAGGCCAAUGCACCACAUUUCCCACAACCUGCUCAACGUCAACAAAGCUAUCAACCAGCUACACAGCAGCAGCAACAGGCACCCAUUCAGCCGCAGCAACCGAUCUAUCAAAAUCAAUUUGAAUUACAAAAUGCCGCCGCCGCUGCUGCAGCUGCUCAAUCCAAUUCAAGGCGUAAUGUCGCCCGUGGCCUACAAUAUCGUGAUUCGGCCUAUGAAUCACGACGUCAAUCACAAAAUAUCACCGCUCCACCUGGUAUUUUGUCAAUGGACAAUUUCCGUAUGUUGAGUGUUUUGGGUCGCGGCCACUUUGGCAAAGUCAUACUCUGUCAGUUGCGCACCAAUAAUCAGUACUAUGCUAUUAAAGCUUUAAAGAAGGGCGACAUUAUUGCCCGUGACGAGGUGGAAUCAUUGCUCAGUGAAAAACGUAUCUUUGAGGUGGCCAAUGCCAUGCGUCAUCCGUUUUUGGUUAAUCUUUAUGCCUGUUUCCAGACGGAGCAACAUGUUUGUUUUGUCAUGGAAUAUGCCGCUGGUGGCGAUCUAAUGAUGCACAUCCACACCGAUGUGUUCUCCGAACCACGAGCUGUCUUUUAUGCCGCUUGUGUUGUAUUAGGUUUACAGUAUUUGCAUGAAAAUAAAAUCAUCUAUCGUGAUUUGAAAUUGGAUAAUUUACUAUUGGAUACGGAAGGUUAUGUUAAAAUUGCCGAUUUCGGUUUGUGUAAAGAAGGUAUGGGCUUUGGUGAUCGCACUGGUACAUUCUGUGGCACACCCGAAUUUUUGGCUCCUGAAGUAUUAACCGAGACAUCAUACACUCGUGCUGUAGAUUGGUGGGGCUUGGGCGUAUUGAUAUUUGAAAUGUUGGUGGGAGAGUCACCCUUCCCUGGUGAUGACGAAGAAGAAGUAUUCGAUUCAAUUGUUAAUGACGAAGUUCGUUAUCCACGAUUCUUGUCAUUGGAAGCUAUUGCUAUUAUGAGAAGGCUUCUACGUAAAAAUCCUGAAAGACGUCUGGGUUCAUCGGAACGUGAUGCUGAAGAUGUAAAGAAGCAAGCCUUCUUCCGUUCAAUAGUCUGGGAUGAUUUGUUACUGCGCCGAGUUAGGCCACCAUUUGUGCCUACCAUUACACACUUGGAAGACGUAUCCAAUUUCGAUGAAGAAUUUACUUCAGAAAGACCACAAUUGACACCGCCAAAGGAACCACGUGUUUUGACUGACGAAGAGCAAAUGUUCUUCCAAGACUUCACAUAUACAGCAGAUUGGUCUUAAUAAAGUUAACAUGAAAUGAAAUAAAAACAACAACAACAGGACUACUAACACCAAGGACAUUACCAC